CUUAAAAUCUCGUCUUUACUUUCUUCAAAAUAAUGUAAAAUUUCAGUUACAAUAAUACAUCGUGUUAAAAAAAGUCCCUUUCAAGAGCGACAAGUAUAAUAUAUUGGGAGGAACUUUCCGUUUUACAAUAAUAAAACAAAUCUUGAAGAUAUCUCAAUGUGUUUUGCUUGUCAUUACACAAGAAAUACUCAUACCUACAAAUUAAUGUAUAGUACAGAUGUUAUCACGAUAUACUUAUAGUUUGGUAUCUUACGUGAAGCUUUCUGGUACUAGACACAGGAAAUGAAAAGUCAAUUGACAUUUUCUUCAAAUAACUUGAUCUUGGAAAGAAAAGUUUACGUUUAGAUAAACAUGUGUUAUCACUGAGAUUGUUUAUACAUUAAUCGCCAUGCCAACGACGUAUAUAAAGUAGCCAUUUAGUUUCGUAUUCUCUCCACACACGCGCCCGCCCGCAGGCUGCUGUGAAUGCCGCUGCCUGUAAUACGAUCUAGUCGAACUCCAAAUCAGGCAUCUGUCAUUCUUCGCAGCUCCCGCGUAGAGGGUUGUAGUAGUCCCGGUACCAAAGUCCACUACCUUCUUGUUGAUUGGAUUAAUUGUUUUUACCAAAGUUGUAAUUUGUGUGCAGAUAAUAUCUAGAUUUCUGACGUCAUGAUGUCCAGUUUGCUUGUUCUUCAGACUAUAUUGCUACUCUGUGCACCUCUGACCACAGGGCAGGCGACACGACGUUUGACCAUAAGUACUUUAUUGCAACCUCCCUAUGUCAUGGUGGAUGACGAAAACACUGGGUCUGGGAACGCGACCUACAAAGGGUUCAUCAAUGACUUAAUGGAGUUGCUAGGGGACAGACUAAAGUUUAAAUACGAGCUCGUGCCAGUAAUAGACCAGAUGUUCGGCACGCUGCUCCCGAAUGGCACAUGGACUGGAGCAGUGGGUCAGGUGGUGUCAGCGAAUGCAAAUAUGGCCGCCGGACCCAUUACUGUGACGUCAAACCGAGCAAAGUUUGUAGAUUUUUCACAACCAUUCCAAUUUACCGGUCCCGUGAUCGUCAUGCGCAGACCGGAUGAAAAAAUGCCUCCAUUUAAGGACCGUCUAUUGCACAUCCUGAAACCUUUCAGGAACGAUGUGUGGCUUUUGUCCUGCCUUGCGUACCUCAUAACCGGAAGUAUCGUGUACAUCAUAUCCUACUGUAACCCGUAUGAAUGGCGGCGGAUGUCACGUGAUGGUGAAGCCACCAUUCGUGAAGGGGAAUCCUUCACUUGUCUGAACUCGUUCUGGUUCACAAUAAGUGCUGUUUUCCUACAAGGAUUCACGCGUUCCCCACGUUCGACUGGCGCGAGGAUCGUGGUGAUAACUUGGUGGUUCUUUGUCAUUGUAUUCUUCGCCAGUUAUGUAGGAAACCUGUCAAAUCUUCUCCGCGUCGGACCACGUCCCAGUGCCAUAGAAACCUAUGCCAAAGUCAGGAGCUUCAACGACCUGGCACUUAACGAGGAAAUCAUAGUUCACGUGGUGAAAGGUGAAGCAACGCAGGCAAAUAUCAUGAAUUCCAAAAUUACAGAACAUCAAACUCUUGCAACUAAAAUUUCUAAAAACAAAGAAUCAUUGGUUAACACUAUAGGAGAAGGAAUUCAAUUGGUCAUGGAAUCUGCACCAGGUACACGCGCAGUGAUUAUAGAAUCGGCCAUGGCUAAGUACUACACAGAGCAGGCUGGUUGUCAACUCUACUUUGUCAAUGACUUACUACUGACAACCCAGUAUGGAUUAGUACUUCCCCUUAAUUCAUCUGAUAUGAAGGCCGUGAACCAAGCCUUGCUGACGCUAUCUGAGAAUGGAGAACUUCGUAGGCUGGAGGCUAAGUGGUUCCGUGGUCACUGCAACAAAUAUAUGUUAGAGAAGUCGGAGGACGAAAAAUUUGAGAUUCCACAUUUUUAUCCCCUUGAUCUAGGGUCAUUUAGUGGUGCUCUAUUCAUAUUGGCUAUUGGAUUGGUUCUUGGUGGACUGGUCACUCUGUUGGAAAUCGUCAUAUUCAAAUACGCAGAAUCGGCGGAGGACCCGGUUAAGACUAAGCCCCGACCACUACAGCAGCGAAGUGUGGACCGCUCGUCUGAUCCUGGUGCCAACCAAUCGUUGUUGCAGCCCCCGGGAGCCAGUAGUGAUCAGCAAAGGGACAUGACAGCUGUAUGAGCAAGAUCAUUCACUCUAGGGUUUUAGCGAAAUUUGUUGUGUCGCAAAAAGCCGCAUGGCAUAUUCAUAUGUACAGAAAGGUAAGGGUACCAUAGCAAACAUUAUAAUUUCAAAGAAGAGUUACACUUCGUGACCUUUUGAUUAGUAUGUUGCCCAUGUAGACAGAAGAUAAAGAAAAUUAACUAAUUUUUCUCUGGCCAACAGUCAUUUCUCUUGACAAAGAAUUCAUGUUUCAUUUAAAAACUGUGCAUUUAGAACAUUUGGAAUGCCGGGAUAGCUACAUUGGUGAAGUAUACGAUCGGGAAUGGAUAGGUUUUCAUGUUCUAUCCCUGUAAUUGCUUUUUUGUUCCAAAUACGCAUUUUGCUGUUGCAAAUACUCAGUUUUUGCAAUCGAGUAUCAAACAGAGAAUUUGAUUCAAAACGAACAAAAACAGACAUAUAUCUUCUGUUCACAUGUGCCUAACAUUAUUCGAUUUACCUUCCUCGUGAAAUACUGCGAAGAUAAGCAUAUCUACAUAUCUGCUUAUGUAGCAAUGCAUAUUUGUGGUAUCGUCAUACACGUACAACAAGAAGACGAACCUGUCAAUUUGAGUGUCAUAUCUCGUAUAUUCUUCUUUUCCAAACUUGUCCCAGGUUUUUCGUAGAGAAUCUUAGGGAAUAAUUAAGAAAUUUCGGUAAAUUGUGGUAUUUGAUGAAACGAUCAUAUAUGUUAGUAGAAUUACAUUUGUGAUCUAGCUCAUGGGCAAUACAUGAGUGGUCAUCCAAAUACGGAUAAGUACUGCAAUCGACGCGGCGGGAAAAAAUGUAGAUACCUAUCUUGAAGCAAAGAAAACGAAAACAACGAACUACGUAGAUGGCUUUGUGUGAUUUAUAAUUAUUUGGUUCAAAUUUAGACUGCAAUUGUGCGUGUUAUUAUUAUCAUUACUGGAUUGGAAGGGUAACUAACAAUUGAUAGAAAACGGUAAUAAGAGGAAUACAAUGUGCAAAGAACCAUGAUGUUUCGUUUCAGCAAAAAAUCAAAAAGUGAAGAUUGGGAAAACAAGUCAAACUAGACAUCAAAUAUGUAUAUAAGAUUUUCUAUUUUUGUAAUGAUGAGUGUGAAAAUUGUGUGUGUACAUUGUUUAUAAUGUUAAAUAUUGACAAUACAUUGCCAUAUUAGAAUAUUGAAAAUCCAUCAAGGGAUGCGUAGAAAACAGAAAAAUGGGACCUUGAAAUCGUUGACCGUUAAAAGGAAAUGAAAUAAAAUUAAGGACAUUAAGUAAUAUAUCCAGACUUUAAUGUACAGAGUUAUCCUAUAAUGCUAUCAUAUAAUGAUCUGUAUAAGACUCAUCACAUGAGGUAUUCUGGCUUACACUGUGUAUAAAACUUAUGUAUGGGUAAAAUGGAGGUUAUUUUUCUCUCCUUUUCCUUAAUUUUGUUGUAAACCUAUAUCAUAAUCACAAUUAGGAUAUUUUAAAAAUAACUUCACAAAUAACCAGUUUAUAAUGUGACAGUCUUACAAACCAGUCUUAAGGGGAAAUAACUCGCAUAGUCUCAGGAUAACUCUUCAUGUUAGAAAGCAUAAUUCUUACAUUAGUUUUAUGUGAGUUCUGUAUUAUUUCCUUAUCCUGUUCAUUAUUUGGAUACUGACGUAUUACUGCCGAAUGUUCUCUGGAUUGGUUCUGACCUGUAAUAUAACCAUUGCUAAAACUUACAUGAAGAAUAUUUCCGAAUAUUCUGAAAAUUUAUUUCGAAUCUUCUUAUUUGAAAAAUAGCAAAAAUUUCUUUAUUACAAUAACUUAUUAUGAAUGUACAUAUUGUGUUGAUAUAAAUGUAAAAAUGGCAUUUAAUUGUAAAGUUUCCAAAAAAUUGGUUGAAGUAUGAUAACGUUAUACUGUAAAAGAGGAAAUAUUCGCUUGCGGAAAUGUUUGCGUUGUUACCAUUUAAACUUAUCGCGUUGUGGAAAUGUUCGCGUUGACAAUGAUUCUAAAAUCUAUAUAUGCUUUAAAUAUAUCCGUAAUGCAUGUAAUCUGUUUUUUAUUUUGAGUGUGUUUAUUUUGGCGCUUAUUUUACUAAACGCGCAAACAUGCGAGCAUUUCAAAAACGCCAAAAUGUCCAUGCAACAGUUGCAGAUAAUAUUGUCUUAAUUCAGUUAAUUGCCUGAGUGUAAAUAUUGUAAAGAAGAGAGUAUUUAUUUAGGUAUUUUUUAAUCCAAUUAUUUGUAUAUAUGAUAAUUGAUUUUGAUGAAAAGUAUGAUUGUAGAUAUAUGUCUGUUUGAUUUUCUUUCAUUGUUUACAUUGUUUUAACGUUUAGCAUUCCCUUAACCCCUGAGUAGAACCAUUAUCCAAUACCUCGCUGAUUAUGUUAUUGUUGAAGGAAUCACAGUACCAUUUUAAAAUAGAGUGUUUCUAAGGCUAGACACAGGAUUUCAUAUAGUAACGAGUAUUGCCGAAUCUCUUUGGUUUGAGCCGGUAAAGUGUUGUGAUUUUUAAUAGAAGUCAAUGAUAAUCUUUAAAUCGAGAAGAAACUUAUCUGAUUUGAAAGCAUCCCGACCAGGUUUAAUAAUCAAUACUAUAAAAAUACAUGGAAUGAUUUGGUAGCACGAUUUCUUAUAUCUGACUUAAAAUGUGUUUUUAUGUUGCUACCGAGUAUAAAAUUAUGUAAACAAAGGCUUGUCUCCUUUAUCAACAUGACUAGUUUGUCUACUGUUAGCUUGGUAUUCAAAUAUAUUUGUUAUGCAUAUCAUUUUAAAAUAUGUGUGUUAGUUUUACAGAAUCUUUAGUCGUGAAAUGUUUUGUUAAUAAACUUGGAUACGUCAAUCAGUAAAGAGCAGAAUCGAAGUAAUUCAUAUGUUCAAUAUCACGACAAAAUAGGUUUGUUCCUAUUAUUGAAGAUUUUCAACGGAUGAUACAUCGCCGAAACCUAUUACAGAGCAAGGGUUUAGUUCUAUAAGAUUAUCUUGUUUGACGUAUCAGAGCUCAGUGUGUCAAUGUGUUACUGGAAAGUUUUGCAGAUUAUGUCACUCUCUUUAAACUCGCGUGAAAUGCGUUAUAUUCAUUUAACUCAAAUUCACAAUCAUUAAGUUACGAUUAUACAUCAAUUUAUCAAACUUUUCCUGUCCUGCCAACAUGUCUUAUUAAAACUACAAGGCGAUACAAUGAUAGGUUUCGUACCCAGGGGAAAUUAUGAGAACAGGUAAUGAAAAGUUAAAAGAACGUAUUUGUUCACAUUCAGACUCUAUGAAAUGGAAGUAAUUUCCUAGCACUUCAGUCAGAAUGCAUGCUACUAAACAGAUUAAAAAUACUGGGUCUUGUUAAAUGGUUGAAAAUAGGAAAUCUAUUCACUCAAUGCCUCAUCAAACACUGGAAGUAUAUUUUUCUGAGAGCAUAAAAUCCGUAUGACAUCAAGGGGUGAUGGAUUGUGACGUCACAAUAAGACGGCCAAUAAUCAAUAAACCUUCAUUAUAGCAGGAAGUCACUAGGGAAAACGAUUACAUGCGUGAUGUCUCUCCUUAUCUCCAAUAUAUAAGGUUAGUUAGUGUUCAUAGAUUUAUUAAUGUGUUGGAACGCCGUUUACACUUUUUUCAGCUAAUUUGAGUAGAAGUAAAUAAUGCAAAAAUCC